AUGGAAGAGAGAGGCAAACUAACAUUAAUGAGACCCGAAUCAAAUAGGAGACGCAGUGAUAGAGGUACAAAUAACACAAGGAUGAGUUAUAGGGUGGCCUCAUCAAUUGGGCGCUCGUUGUCUACAAGGCUUGUGUCCCAGAACCGUAAUAUCCUAUCGACCCAGUGGACGAUAGGGUCUACUCAGCGGAAGACGUUGUUAAAGAAGGACAAUAUCAUUAGAAGCUUUUCUUCAACGAAAUGUACAAGAAACGAAGACAAACAACCUAAGAAAGAUGAAGGAAAGAAAGACCAGGAUAAAGAAGAAGGGAAAAAUAAGAAGGACGAACCAGUCACUAUGAGUGAGUUCUUCAAAUCUAAAGAAUUUAUGUCAUAUGUGUAUUUAGGUAUUGGGACUUCGUUAUUCCUGUUCCUUUUAUCCCAAGCAAACAGCGAAGGAGAAUCCGAGGAUCUCACUUUCCAGAGCUUCAAGACGAAAUACUUAGAAAAAGGUUUAGUGAAGAAAAUAUGGGUCGUCAAUAAGUAUCUUGUGGAAGCGGAAUUGGUCGAUCAAGCCAAUGUCGGUGGCCUGUCGAGAAGAAAAGUUGUGGCUUUCACCAUCGGGUCAGUGGAUAUUUUUGAAGAGCAAAUGAAUGAAGUUCAAAAUAAGUUGGGUAUCCCAUCAGUAGAAAGAAUCCCAAUCGUUUACAUGGAAAAAACAUCAAUGUUAUCAUACCUUGUCCCAUUUGUGCCAACUGCCUUAUUAUUGGGAGGAUUGUAUUUCAUCACCAAGAAAAUGGGUUCAGGUCCUAGUGGUCCAGGUGGUAUCUUUGGUGUCGGUAAAUCUAAGGCGAAAUUAUUCAACAAAGAAACAGAUGUCAAAGUCAAAUUUAAAGACGUUGCUGGUUGUGAAGAAGCCAAGGAGGAAAUUAUGGAAUUUGUGUCUUUCUUGAAGCAUCCACAAAAAUAUGAAUCUUUGGGAGCCAAGAUCCCAAGAGGUGCUAUUUUAUCGGGUCCUCCUGGUACUGGUAAGACCUUGUUGGCCAAGGCUACUGCUGGUGAGGCUGGUGUUCCGUUCUUAUCGGUUUCUGGUUCUGAAUUUGUGGAAAUGUUUGUUGGUGUUGGUGCCUCUAGAGUUCGUGAUUUAUUCGCCAAUGCCAGAAAAAUGGCCCCAGCUAUUAUUUUUAUUGAUGAAAUCGAUGCUAUUGGGAAAUCUCGUGGUGGUAAGAAUAGUAUUGGGUCGAAUGAUGAAAAAGAAGCCACAUUAAAUCAAUUAUUGGUUGAAAUGGAUGGGUUUGCUACUUCUGAUCAUAUUGUCGUUUUGGCCGGUACCAACAGACCAGAUGUUUUGGAUUCAGCUUUAAUGAGACCGGGAAGAUUUGAUAGACAUGUUUCUAUCGACAGACCAGAUAUCGAAGGUAGAAAAGCCAUUUAUUUUGUACAUUUGAAUAAAUUGACCUUGGAAUUUGAUAAGAGUGACAAAGAAAAACUUCACCAGUUGGCUGGUAAGUUAGCCGCGUUAACCCCAGGGUUCUCUGGUGCAGAUAUUGCUAAUUGUUGUAACGAAGGUGGGUUGAUUGCUGCUAGAACUAAUUCUGAAGUUAUUAAGUUUGAGCACUUUGAACAAGCCAUUGAAAGAGUGAUUGCUGGUUUAGAGAAAAAAUCUAGAGUGUUAUCUCCAAUUGAAAAGAAAACUGUGGCAUAUCAUGAAGCUGGUCAUGCAAUUUGUGGUUGGUUUUUGGAAUUUGCUGACCCACUCUUGAAGGUCAGCAUCAUUCCAAGAGGUCAAGGGGCUUUGGGUUAUGCACAAUAUUUGCCUCCAGAUCAAUAUUUGAUUAGCGAAGAACAAUUCAGACACAGAAUGGUUAUGGCCUUGGGUGGUAGAGUUUCAGAAGAAUUGCACUUCCCAUCGGUCACCAGUGGGGCAUCUGACGAUUUUAAGAAAGUUACCCAAAUGGCUCAAGCUAUGGUCACACAGUUAGGGAUGUCCAACAAAGUUGGGCAAGUCUCAUUCGAUCAAGGUGGCUCUGGUAUGCAAAUUCACAAGGCUUAUAGUGAAAAAACCUCAAAAUUGAUAGACUUAGAAGUGAAGAGAAUAGUCGAUGAGUCUUUGGCCGAAUGUCGAAAAUUAUUGACGGAGAAACUUGAUUUAGUCGACAUUGUUGCACAAAGCUUAUUGAAGAAUGAAGUCUUAACAAGAAAUGAUAUGCUAAGGCUCAUAGGACCAAGACCAUUCAAGGAGAGAAAUGAUGCCUUUGAAAAAUAUUUAGAUCCAAAGGUCAAAUCAGCACCACCUCCACCUCCUAAUGAAACUCAAUCCACUUUGUGA